CAUUUCUUUUUCAUUAGAGACAGGGCAGGUGCACCAUCUUGCCAAGCUGAUUAAAGCAUCUCUGUGACAGAAAAGUUGAUUAAAGCAUUUACAUUUCCCAUCGAUUGAUCCAAUUGCCAAACACCUCCAUCCCUAAAUUCGAAUAGCCAGUCAUCCGCAUGACAACCCUAAUGUUAUUAUUGACCUUAAAAGGCUAGAAAGCAAUUCCGAGAAGAAUCGCAUCCAACUUCAAUCAAUGCCCGGAUUUCCAAUCUCUUCAAACGGAGACUGAUUAUCCAGUUGCCUAAUUUACAAUUCACGUCGUCCGAAGUUUUCUCACGCCAAAUCAAAACUUGGGUUUGCUCUGGAUUGGGAAAAAAUCAAUCCAAAAUCCUUUAACCCAAUUACAGGCGCCAUUAAAGCUGAGUUGCUCUGUUCUUAGACCAUGGCCGUCUGCAUAAAGCAAUUGUAAUAAUCUCAAAUUUUCACUCCAUGAUUGAGAAGCAUAAUCGACAUCAAAACCCCACAUGCGAUUCUUCUAAAGCUCCUUUUUGAGUUGCAUCCCAUCUCUCCCUGUUACUCCUCCUCAGCUGCCUUCUUCUUUACUCAACUGUGUUUCAAUUUGUUGGUUUAGGCUUUCAUUUUCCAUUUUGGUUCUUCAAUUUCAGUCUUCUUCAUGGAGAAAAGAGCAAGGGAAUUGAAAUCCAUUGCAGAGGUAGUUCUUGCAGAAACUAUGAACGCUCUGUGGAUAUUGUUUUCUUGCAUAUUGUCUCUCACUUCGCAUCCUUUGUUCUCGUGCUUUGUCACUCUCUGCAUCGUAAUUCUCCUUUACUUCCCAUGGAAUUUCUUCAGAGUCGCGUUCUCGCCGGUUUUGAUCUUGACCGGAAUGCUCUUGCUGGCCCUUCUCCGGCUGGGAGCAACCCAAAGCAUUGACAGUGAAUCAAAAUCCAAUUCCAGUUCUAAUUCCAUUUCUGCUGAGUCUGAUUCGGGAGAAUUGGGUUUGGGGUGCAAAGAUCGGAAACGGGUCGAAUGCCGGUCGGAGAAAGAUCCCAGAGUCGAUUCAAACUCCGACCAAAGCCCCUUCUUCGCCGACUCUUUCCUCGAGUGGGACGUGAGAGCGCCGUUGGAGGUGAUAUACGAAGAGUACGAAGGCGAGGAAGCCGACGACGCUUCGAACGAAAAGGACGAGGCUACCCGCGUGGGUAUCGAACGGUUCCCUUCGCUGUCCAUGUACUACCCGGAAACCGACACCGAUAGCUCGUCGGAAGGCGAGUUUCCCGGUACCCGACGGUGGGACUCGCUGGAGAACGUUCGUUACAGAUGGGAGGACGAGGGCGGAGAAGAGUUGAUUGAGAUAAUCUUCGAGGGUAAAGGGGCUUCGAAUUUUCUGGAGGAGGAAGAUAAUCUAAUAGAGAUUGAUAUAUCGCCGGUCAGGAACAAGUAGUUUUCCGGCGAGAGCCAGAUUCAGUUAACCACGAUUAAUUAAAGCUAAUAUAGGGCGUAGUGUUGUUGGAGACGGUGAGCAUAAGGUGAGAGAGAGGGAUUUGGGAUGUUGGGGUUUUGGGUUUUGGCUGUUUUGGUUAUUGAGAUUGAGAUUGGAUCACUGUUUGCAUUAAAAUAUUUUUAAAUUUCAAUGUGCAUGUAUCUUUUAUGUGAGAAAAAUUUGCACAAAUUUGAGGCUAAA